AUGGCUUCCACCCCGCCCGGUGCUGAGCAACCCACAAUGAGCAACAAACGUCCAGCGACAACCUCUCUAUUAGAAGGGAAAGCAGACAAAGAAGACAGCCUGGACAGGCCAAUCUCCUCCUCACAAGAUGAAAACGAGAAACCGCAACCAAAAUCUCUCAAGUUCAAGCUCACGGUCUUCUUUCUGGCUCUCGUAACGGUCGUCGGCUCCAUGGACGCCGUAAUAGUUGGCUCCGCACUGGCAGCCAUAGCGCAAGACCUCCAAAGCAGCAGCGUCGAGUCCUUCUGGGUCGGGACGUCCUUCCUCCUCUCGCAAACAGUCACGAUCCCGCUCUACGGCACGACGAGCGAAAUCUUCGGCCGCAAGUGGCCCAUCCUUAUCGCGAUAUCCAUCUUCCUCCUCGGCAGCAUUCUCUGCGCCACCGCGCAAACCAUUACAUGGCUGAUCGGCGCGCGUGUAGUGCAAGGCAUCGGCGCAGGAGGCAUGAUCCAGCUAGUGCAGGUCAUCCUGUCUGAUAUAUCGACGAUGAGCGAGCGAGGUCUCUACAUGGCCAUCGCAGCGUUCGCAUGGUCGCUAGGAACAAACAUUGGGAUCCCGAUUGGGGGUGCCAUUGGGGAGAGGACGACCUGGCGGUGGAUCUUUUACAUCAAUAUCCCCGUUUGUGUGAUUUGUAUCGUGGGGUUGCUGUAUGCGUUGCAGUUGCAGCAUGAUACGUCGUCGUUUGUCAAGAAGCUGGGGAUGUUGGACUGGGCGGGACUGGGUGUGUUCACUUGCGCGUCGACGCUGUUCCUGGUCGGGUUGACGUCGGGGGGGUGUUUCGCAUCCGUGGGAUUCGGCCGCUGUCCUGGUUCCUGGCGCGUGUCGAAGAGGCCCAUGAUGCCGCUGCGGAUCUUUAAUGAUCGCUCUGCGAUUGUCGGCUUCGUGACGAGCUUUCUGCACGGGUUGGUGUUUUGGUGUCUGACUUAUUAUAUGAUUGUGUUUUUCCUCGGUGCUCUCCAACACUCCGUCCUCCACGCUUCUCUGGAGACAAUGACCUGUAUCGCCUACUCCGCCCCUGCAGGCCUCGUAGCCAGCAUGCUUGUCAAACGCACCCAGCACUUUAAAUACAUCAUCGUGGUGGGAUGGGCUCUCCUCGCAGCCGGAAUGGGGACAAACAUAACAAUGCACCCCGAUUCCAGCAAAGCCAUGCUAUACGGCCCCCGCGUCCUCAUAUCCCUGGGCGGCGGCCUCCUCUUUCCAACGCCCAUCUUCGCCGUACAAGCCCGCCAACACGGCGACGACAUCGGCAUCGCAACGUCCAUUCAGGUCUUUACACGCAGUAUGGGGACUGCCUUUGGCGUGGGGCUGGGAGGCGUCAUCUUCCAGAAUCAGUGGAGUAAGGAAGUGGAUUCUGCUGUGACGGCUGGACGCAUACCUCAUGACUUGAUUGUGGGUAGUAAUGUGGCAGAGACGGCGUAUGAGGUUAUCCGGAAGUUCCCCGAAGCGGUUCAGGAGGCUUAUCGGGGGGAUAGUUUGGCGACUAUGUGGUAUGUUAUGAUGGGGUUGUCAAUUGCGGGCUUCGUGGUUAGUUUGGUGGGUAGAAAUGAUGUUAUUAGCGGGGGAUUGACAGGGAAGCAAAAUUUUAAGGAUGAGAAGAAGGGAGAUUUGGAGGGAGGUAGGUCAGGUUAG